AUGGACUGUGCUGCAGCCAUGCAACCUUCCACUGAGGCGCUCUCUUAUCGUAUCGGAGGCAUGCUGGGCAUCCUCGUUAGUAGCAUUAUCGGUUUCUCCCUGCCAUUCCUGCUGCGUGGGCGCCACAAGACGCUGCUGUUCUUCUUCCGCGCCUCUGCUGCUGGCAUUGUUCUGGCUGUAGCCAUCGUGCACAUCUUCCCUGGCGCACAGGAGGCGCUGUCCAACCCAUGCCUCGACUUCUCUGCGUCCUCCUUCCCCUGGGCGCCCGUCUUCAUCCUCUUCUCCGCGCUCUGCUCCUUCCUCGUUGAGUGCUACCUCAAGAAGCUCCUCCUCCUCUCCUGGCGCCGCAGAAACGCCUCUGCUUCUGCUGCAUCUCCCACCGCCUCUGCUGCCGCCGCCGCUGCUGCUGCAGCUGCUGCUGGUGGUUUUGGUGGGAGCAGCAGGAGUGGCGGUAAGAAGCGGAGGCAGGGUGCGGGUGGUGUGGGUCGAGUGGCGCGAGCUGUUGCUGCGUUGCUGGCUGGUGGGAGGCGCAAGGGAGCGGGAAUCAGCAAAGGCGGCCAUGGCAGUAUGAGCAUGAGCCGGGGUAGUGGCACUGGCAGGGGCAGCAGCAAGAAGGAUGCGGGCAGUAGCCCUGAUGUGGCAUGCCAUGCCGUAUCAAGCCAUGUGUCCCCCUCAUGCUGUGACGCCCCAUGCAGUGCUGUCCCUGCUGCUGCUGCUUGUCAUGACAAGGCAUGCCACGAUGCUGCAUGCCAUGACAUCCCAUGCCACGAAGUGGUGUGCCAUGAUGCCACCUGUCAUGAUGCCACGUGUCCGGACGUGACUUGCCCCGAUGCUAUCUGCAACGACUGCCCAGAAUCCACCUGUCACAGCACUGCAUGCCACGAGAUCACAUGCCAUGACGCCACCUGUCCUGACUCCACCUGUCAUGAAACCACCUGCCAAGGAAUCACUUGCCCAGACACAACCUGUCCAGAUAACGCCUGCCGUGGUGUCACCUGCAUGGAAGCCACCUGCCCCUCUGCUGCCUGUGUUCAAUCCCAGUGCAUUGGGACCAAGUGUGCGGAUUCCACUUGCACUGACGCUAAGUGCAUGGAAGCCAAGUGCACGGACGCGCAGUGCUUAACUAAGUGCUGCGAGUCCAAGUGCCCCGCGUGCCCCGACUGUGCCCUUGACGUGAGAGGUGGGGAGGAGGAAAAGGCAGCAAUGAAAACCGGGAAAGCGGCGGAGUGGGAGGAGCAGGAGGGGCGGGAGGAGAGUGAGGAGAGUGAGGAGAGGCAGAUGAGGGAGGCGGUGGCGCUGUCGUCGCUGCGAGCAGUGGCGUACACGCUGGAGGCCGGUAUCAUCUUCCACUCCAUCUUCAUUGGCAUCGCACUCGGGGCGAACCAUGACAGCGCCGAGAUCAAGGGCCUAGCCAUUGCCCUCGUCUUCCACCAGGGCUUUGAGGGCAUAAGUCUUGGUACUGCGGUUGCUCCGUGCCGCUUCUCUCACCUCAAGACCCUGUUCAUGGGGCUGCUUUUCGCAUUCACCACGCCUCUGGGCGUGGCUAUAGGAUUGGCCGUCCAUUCUUCGUAUAACUCCAACAGCCAGGCAGCUCUUGCGACUGAGGGCGCGUUCAAUGCCAAGCACAAGGACGUGGCAGGGCGGAUCGCUGUGGAGAACCCAAAUGCGCCCAGAAAGGCCACAAAGCACAAGGGCGUUGCAGGGCUGAUCGCAGUGGAGAACCCAAAUGCGCCCAGAAAGGCUGCGGUCAAGAUUUCCCAGGCGGAUACCAAUGCCACCACUCAACUCUCUCGCCGUGAAAGGGAGGAGAUAGAGAAGGAAAGGUCAAAGGAGCGGUACAUGAAGCUGCAGGAGCAGGGCAAGACAGAGCAGUCUAAAAAGGACCUUGAACGCUUAGCUCUUAUUCGCCAGCAACGGGAAGAGGCGGCUAAGAAGAAAGAGGAGGAGCGCUUGGCAAAGGAGGCCAAGAAACUAGAAGCUCGCAAAAGAUGA